CUGUUGGUUCGUCAGUCACUAACAAGCAGCCAAUGUUACUACGCAUCUCCAAGUAUAUGUGUGCCUGGACGACGCCACUCCCAGUAUCAUCUUGGCGUGGAAACGCGUCUCUAAGCAUCAGUGUGGCUCGCCAGCACAACUCCCAGCAUUAUAGUGACUUGGAGACAUCUCUUUUUUACUGAUUUGGCAGCAUCAUUGCAACUUUAAGCAUUUCCCGGUAUCACUGUAACUUUGCGUCACCACGACAUAAGGUAUCACUCUUACCCCUUCGAACCUUCUACAUCCCGGAGGACGUCAUCUAUACCAAUGAUACGCUACGCAGCUGUAGUCUGGUCUGUGAUCAUCUUCGCUGACAAAGUUCACGCUACCAGGGACUGCAGGAUCGACUUCGAUGAUGUUCCACCUAGACACAUCCGGCCGCUGAUAGUUAGAAGGAACGACACCCAACAAUUCCUCUACCCAGUGCUGGAAGGACAAUCCAGGGUGAUGCACCUCUCCCACAAUGCCCUUGCCAUCAUCGCCUGUCCUGGGGAGAACAACGACAUCACCCUCAAUGGAACCGUCUUAGGAAGAUCUAUAAAUAAGAUGUCUUACGCUUAUAUCAGUUGUGAUGAUGCUGAUCUAAAGUUUGGAGAAAGACAAGUAGUGAGAUGGGGUGAGCUGAGCUGCCACAAGAAGCCCGAGCCCGUGUUGCGGCAGGGUGCCAGGUGUAGCCAAGACGGCGUCAACAUCACCAUUGGCUGGGAUAUCAUCCGAGGUACUUUCAUUCCUCAGAUAAGCCUCUGCUUCAGUCAUCACCAAGGAACCACCCAAUUUGCCUUCCACAAGAUCCAUGGCAGGAACAUUGAUGCUAAAGUGGUAGACCCACCACGACCCAGCUUCAGGGAUGCCGCACUGUUCCCAUUUAGGAUAAGGAACUCCUACUUGAAAUCCACACAGAUGUUCCUACUGCAGAGCCUGCUGAACACCACAGAGCACCUCACAGGUGUGAAUGGGCACUACCUGGCCAAGGGUCACCUGGCCCCAGAUGCAGAUUUUGUGUUGGAGGCAGAGCAGGAUGCCACCUACUAUUAUGCUAAUGUUGUCCCACAGUGGCAAGCUAUUAACAAUGGCAACUGGAAGUCGCUGGAGUUUGCUGUACGGAACCUGGCUAAGAUACGAGAUGUGACGCUGGAGGUCUGGAGUGGCACUCAUGGCACUCUGAUGCUGCCACACCGACAUGGCAGACCCACCAAGAUCUUCCUUGGCCUUAUUUAUAACCUAUUUUUGGCACGUGUUCCUGGCCUGAUGUGGAAGGUGGUUCAUGAUCCAGUCUCUCAUACAGCUACAGCCAUAAUUAUGGUCAACGAUGUAAGAGGUUACGGAACUUUGGAUUCCAGGAGCCUGUAUGAUGCUCCUUGCCACAGCCUGUGCAGUGAGCUCUCGUGGGUGAGGUGGAACACCUCUGAUUUGACACGGGGAGGGACCUUCUGCUGUACCAUUGAGGACUUCAGGUCAAUCAUCCCUGACCUUCCAUCAUUUGGUAAUGUGGAACUUCUUAACUAACAACUGCUGAGCUUGGAUGGCACUGACAGAUGACGACAUCAAUGAUCAGUUUCAAUUUUUUUUUUUUUACUGUAUAAUAGGGAAGCACCCCAAAGCAUAUGGGAAAUACAGAGAUAACCCACUCAUAGAAGAGAGGAGCUUACGACAACGUUUUGGUGCAACUUGGACCAUUUACAAAGUCACACGAACAGAAAGGAGAGGAGGGAGUAUAAAAAGCACAGUAGACAGGGACGUGAGCAAGAGGGGUAGUAGUGGAGGUAGUAGUGGUACAUAAUGUAGUCACUUAAAUACUAAGAAAGAGGAGCUAGGGGCCCACAGAGGGUAAGAGCAAGAACACAGAGGGGAAAAAUAAAAUAAUAAGAGAACAAAUACCAAGGCAGAAGAAAGGAAAAAAAAGGAAAGGGUAAGAGGGAGAAGGGGAAAAAAAGAAUCAGAUUAAGUCAAGGGUGUUCUGAAGUUUGGAGCAUUUUACAAUGUACGUAAUGGGAAAGGAAGGCAUCUACAGAGACAAAGCCAGGAGUAGGAUACAUACAAGAGAAGUUGUGUAUAAGGGAGGAUUCAACCAAAUGGCAACCGUGAAAGUUAGAAGUAGGGUAGACAGUUUAGCAGAAGACCAGUCAGUAGGAUGACUGUGAUCUCUGAUAUGACAGAAAAAAACAUUGUUAGUGUCAGCAAGCCUAACACUACUUUUGUGCUCCCCAAGUCUGUCAGAAAGAGAUCGGCCAGUUUCUUCAAAGUAAUGAAGAGGACAGAAGGAACAAGAAAUAGAGUAGACACCAGAAGCAUCUAUAGAGGAAGGAGAGGUAUGAACUAGAUUAGUGUGAAGAGUGUUAGUCUGGUGAAAAGUAAGUUUGAUGUCUAAGGAACAGAGAGAGAGUUUUGUUGAGAUUAGAAAGACCGGAAAUGUAGGGAAGGCAGAGGACAGGAGAGUUCACAGGAGUAGAGAGUUUGGGAGAGAAGAAAGUCCAUUUAGCAUGUAAGAAGGCAGAGUCUAUGAAAUGGGAAGGGUAGCCAAGACAGGAAAAUGAAUUAUGAAGAGUGGAAAUUUCUGAUUCAAGGAACUGAGAAUCACAAAUGCGGAGAGCAAGGAGAAAGAGGGAGAUAAGAACAUUUUUCUUGAUAGAGGAAGCAUGAUAAGAAAAGUAGUGAAUGCACAUGCCACUUUGCAUAGGUUUCUGGUAAACAGAAAAGACAAAACCUGUAUCUGAGUGGUGGACAUGAACAUCAAAUACAGACCUUUUCCGUUUACUCCAAACCUAUGCACAGUGGCAUGUACAUUCACUAAUGUACAUGCACUAAUGCACAUUAGUGAAUGUACAUACCACUGUGCAUAGGUUUGCGGUAAAUGGAAAAGGCAAAACCUGUAUUUGAUGUUCAUGUCCACCGCUUAGAUACAAGUUUUGCCUUUUCCAUUUACCAGAAGCCUAUGCACAGUGGCAUGUACAUUCACUACUUUUCUUAUGCUUCCUCUAUCAAGAAAAAUCUUCUUAUCUCCCUCUUUCUCUGUGCUCUCUGCAUUUGUGAUCCUCAGUUCCUUGAAUCAGAAAUUUCCACUCUUCAUAAUUCAUUUUCCUGUUUUGGCUACCCUUCCUAUUUCAUAGACUCUGCCUUUUUUCUCUCCCAAACUCUCUACUCCUGUGAACUCUCCUGUCCUCUGCCUUCCCUACAUUUCCAGUCUUUCUAAUCUCAACAACUCUCUCCGUUCCUUACACAUCAAACUUACUUUUCGUUAGAUUAACACUCUUCGCACUUACCUAGUUCAUACCUAUGCUCCUGGUGUCUACUCUAUUUCUUGUUCCUCCUGUCCUCUUCAGUACUUUGGAGAAACUGGCCGAUCUCUUUCUGACAGACUUAGGGAGCACAAAAGUAGUGUUAGGCUUGCCGACACAAACAAUGCACUUUUCUGUCAUGUCAGAGAUCAGUCUUCUGCUAAAACUGUCUACCCCACUUCUAACUUUCACAGCUGCCAUUUAGCUGAAUCCUCCCUUAUACAAAACUUUCCUUGUAUGUAUCUUAGUCCUGUAAAAUGUUCCAAACUUCAGAACACCCAUGACUUAACCUGAUUCUUUUCUCCCCUUCUCCCUCUUACCCUUUCCUCCUUUUCCUUUGGGUUUUCUUUAUUCUGCCUUGGGUAUUUCUCUUUCUAUUUUAUUAUUUUUUCCCCCUUGUGUGUUCUUGCUCCUACCCUCUGUGGGCCCCUAGCUCCCUUGCAGUGCUCCUCUUUCUUAGUAUUUGACUAACUACACUACUACUACUACUACCUCCACUACUACCUCUCUUGCUCCCGUCCCUGUCUGCUGUGCUAUAUAUAUACUACCUCCUUCUCUCCUUUCUGUUCGUGUGACUUUGUAAAUGGUCCAAGUCAGACCAAAACAUCGCCAUAAGCUCCUCUCUUCUAUGUGCAGGUUAUCUGUGUAUUGUUCCAGUCAUGGUACUGUGCCUUUUUUUUUUUUGUUAUAUAUGGGAAAUAAAAGAUAUAAGGUAGACUAGAAUUGUUGAUGCAUAUUUGGUUAUUAAUACAAAAUAGUUAAGUAAUCACUAGUUAAAUAUAUUUGCUGGGACCAUAUUCAGUUUAGUAAUUAAGCUGCCAUGUUCUUUGUACAAGAUGUGAUGAUUCUAUCUGGUAAAUCUGCCUUUUUAGUUAUGUCGGCAUUGUAGAUAUACAUUUUUUCAUGCUAAACUGUUCUAUGAACCAAUAGCGAAGACAAUAUUGUUUCUCCCUGACAAUUAUUAUUAUUAUUAUAAUCAAAAAGAAGCGCUAAGCUACAAGGGCUAUACAGCUUCUCCCUGACAAGACCUAUGCAACACUUAAACCUUUAAAUUCUCAUAACUGUCAAUUUUCAAUGACUGUACUCACGAAAUCGUAAUGACACGACUGCAAACAAACCAUACCAUGGACGGGGAUAGAACCCGCGACGGUCUGGAGUUCUGAGACUCUCUGUUCGUGGGUUCUAUCCCUGUACGUGGUAUGUUUUCAAUGACUGUAAUUGUGCAACCUGCCCUGAUGUUCAGAGAAUGGUUUAGUAUUUAAAAAUGCAUCAAAAAGGCAGGUUUACCAGAUCUAAAUAACACAUUUCAUGGGAAGAAAAUGGCAGCUUAGUUGCUUAACUAAAUUUGGUCCAGAUUUACACAUUAAACAUAUUUAGCUAGUACCUAAUCUUUUGUAGUAACUAAAUAAACACCUACAAUGUUUAUCUACCUUACUGAGGUAAUAAGACUUGAUAAAAUAGAGGGAACAGUAUUCCAAUUCCUUGGAGUGAGAUCCCUUCACUGGCAUCAAGGCACUAUGUACUUCUUUUGUGCCUAUAAAUUAUGCUACCACAAGGUGUGAGCUAUCAGACUUGUUAAAAGCCUACUGCACAAAUGAGACUUUCUCUUCAUAAAUUUUCCAACAGCUACUCAAAUGUCUGUCACUACAACUUGUAACAGCAGAUGACGUGUGAUUACUGACAAGUUGCAGUUGAUAAAAUGACACUAGCAUCAAUUGAAAACUUUAUUAAGAGGAUGUUUCACUUGUGCUGUAGACUAAGUUUUGUAGAUCAUACCUGGUAAUAAAGAACAAAAAGGCACAAUACCAUGACUGGAACGAUACACAAAUAACCUGCACAAAGGAGAGAGGAGCUCGCAACAACAUUUCAGUCUAACUUGGAUCAGUGUGACUUUGUAAAUGGUCCAAGUUAGAGCAAAAUGUCAUCGUAAGCUCCUCUUUCUCUCCUGUGUGCUGGUCAUUUGUGUAUAUACCUGGUGGUAGCACAGUUUACAGGCAAAAGAGAGGAACAUUGUCAGGUGCUAACGCAAGAAAUGAGUCACAUAUUAGAGCACUGCAGCAGUCUUACUGGCCCAUGCAAGAUAACUCUUGAGAUGCAAUGGCAUGUUUAGUGUUAAACCCACAAAGGUCAUACAGAGGCAUGUUUGGUAGUUGGCAGUAUACCCAGUGAAGCUGCCAUGGCUCUGUUUGAUGUCACGAGAGCAGUUUCAUAGCAUUUCCUCUUUAAUUUUUCUCAUUCCUUUAUUAUAAGUUUUGAAUUGCAAAAUCUCAUCAGAAGGUUGUGUGAAUUCCUGUUUGACACAUGAAUUGUUAUCAGCUUUGGCUGUGUAAUUUUGUUAAGAUGUUUGAUCAAGUUUCUGGCAGUUUCUCAAUACAGUGGAAUCCCGAAUAUUGACCGUAAUCAUUCCAGAAGGUCAGCCUAAAUUCGAAAAGGCCUAAAUUGGAACCAAUAUUUCCCAUAGGAAUUAAUGUAAAUACAAUUAAUCCAUUCCAGACACCCAAAAAUAUUAACAAAAAAUAAUUUAAAAAAAAAGAUUAAUUAGUUUUACAUACACAAAACAAUGGGAACUAAAUAAAUAAAUGAACAUUUAAAUCACUAUUACAUACCUUUAUUGAAGACUCUUAUUGGCUUAUGGAAGACAUGGAGGACUGACUAUUGUUUGGAAGGGGAAACCCCCUCCAUAAGGACUUCAGAUAUCAAAGCCUUCUCUGGGGUUACUUCCCUCCCUGCCUCUCUCCACAUCUUCCAUUGUUUGUAAUCUUUUUUUCAUUAACCCCUUUUGCCACAUCAGUUUCCUUGAUUUGUUCUUUCUUUGCCAGAAUAGAAGCGAUUGUUGAUUUGAUUUUGCCAUACGUCCUGGGAAGCUGGAGAACACGCAUACCACUCUCGUAUUUUUCUACAACUUCUUUCUUCCGUUCUAUCGUGUUUCUCAAUUUCUUUACCAAAGGAACUUUCUUUAGGUCCAUGGUGGUUUAUUUCACAGCUGCACUUAAUAAACAAGCAUAAAAACCAAUGGAUUUUAAGGAAAUGUUUGGAUGAAUGCGUGGAGUACAUGCUCAUUCUCCGAGAGACACAGGGAGACUGACUCACCUACACGCGAUGUCCCAGCGGGAUGACGCAUCUAAUACGGCUGAUUUGUGAGGCACCGGCCGAAAUACGGAGCAAAAUUUUGGCCCAAAAACCAGCCUAAAUACGAUUCGGCCGAUAAACACAGCAGCCGAUAUUCAGGGUUCCACUGUAUUUACUUAUGUCACCCUCACUGUGUGGAAUUUCACAGACACAAACUUCUUCCUAUGUUUUUUCUUUUUUUUAACGGAGAUUUCACAGGUAGAAGAAGAGGUCACAACAGCUAUUUUGUUGUUGGUUUGGUUCAAAAUUUUUGUGAUGCUGGAGGCAACAUUCACUCUAAGGAAAGUUAUGUAUAGGUCUGCUUUCUUGUUGGCUUUGAGUGUUUUCAGGAUUUUUAUGGCACAUUUCCUACAAUUAAGGAUAAAAAAAUGCUGAAUAUUUCAUUUUUCUAAAGUUUCUGAUGGUUUUGGUCACAGAACAAUGAAGUGUAUUAACAGGAUUUUUUCAAUGUGCAUGUAGGGUUUGUAGCCGGUGUUUCCACAAAGAGUGCAAAACCAUCAGAAAUAUUCAUAGAAAAUUGCAGUAUCUAGCAUUCCUAUCCUUAAUUUUGGAAAACUGCAAUUCAAUGGCUGAAACCCCCCCAAAAACCGACAAGAUGGCUACAUAAUUUUCCUUCCAUGUAAACUCGCUUCUAACAUGAAGAUUUUGAACCAAACCACAAACAAAGUAGCUGUCAUAACUACUACUACUACUAUCCUUGACUUCAAUGGAAAACGAAAAACUAUUUAACAGAUGAAGUGAGUGUGACAAGAUUUAGUACGAGAGAAUGCCAGACACUUAAGUGUGUCAACAAGUGUCAGUACACAGCCCAAACAGAUAAGAACAAUGAGAGAGAAGUUUAAGAAUUCAUACGACCAUCUGAUAACAUUUUCCGAUUCAAAAUUCAUAAAAAAAAUGGGAAAAUGAUACAAGAGGAAAUGUUACGAAACUACUAUCAAGAUUUCAAACUCAAUUACACAGAACUUAGGCAGCUUCAAAUUUACCACACCAACUACAGGCAUCGAAUCAGGUAUACCACAAAGAACUAUCAACUACUAUUACCAGCACUACUCAAUACUAACGUCUCAAGAUUUACCUAAUGUGAGCCAGUUGUACUACUAUAUUAGUGGCUUACAAGUGACAGGUAAAUGAAUGAGAUACAUGUGCAACACAUGACUAUACGCAUUUAUUGUGGAGAUAAUUUAAACCUCAGGGUAGAUAAAGUAAUUAUUAGGGCAUAGAUAAUUCUGGAUACAUGGUAUUUCUCUCCAACAGGAUAAGUUAUAGGGAAUAAAUGGUGGAAAAUAUGUUUAGGUAAUUUGAGGUGGUUAUUUCCUCAGCCUAAGGGACUGAGUACCAUCUUUCAAGGCUGAGGGACUGACCACCUCAAACUACUACGUUAUAUCUUAUUCUCUAUUGAACUAAUAAGGCUAUUGAUUGGCAAAACAUCUCUAUGUUAAUGAUACCCAAGUGUUGUGCAAGUCUCAUUCAUCUAGUAGGCCUACUGUAGUGCUCCUCUAACAUUUUCCAAUUUUUCUGUUAAUACCUAUGCUCCUUCUCACCUACCAGUACUUAUGACCCUUAUGGGUUUAGCACUUAGUUAUGAUUAUAAUCUUAUCACCUACAAGUUAUGCUAUCACUAAGUAUGAUCUAUCAGACCUGAUUGUCUAUUGUGCAGGUGAAACAUCCUCUCAAUAAAAAUUCCAAAUGC